GAUUAUAAUAUUUUAAACAAUUACAUUAUAUUAUAUUAAAAUUGUGUUAAUAGUACAUGGAAUCUUGAUAGAGGAUGAUUCUAAGGCGGCAAAUACCGCCAUGGGAGAUUAGUAGUAGGAAUACAUAUCGCAAAUGGAAAAAUAAUAAACCAAAUGCGCAUUUUAAACUGUUUUUAAACUCAUUUAAGUCAUUUAAAUACUGUAUUAACACAACACAAAUAACGACUAUUUCAGAUAAAAAUGUAAUAAACGAGUUAAAAAAAGGAAUAAAUGCACAUUUGGAAGAAAUAUGUGUAAGAUUACAACAAUUGUCAAGCCCGAGUAAUUUCGGUAAAAAAAACACAAAUCAACUACUAACUCAGUUAAUUCAUAAAGUGGAUGAUGUAGUUUCAUAUAUUUCAGCGGAUUCCUUGUUUAAAUUUCUUGUAUCAUAUUCAAAAGUAGUAAACUCACUAGUUUACAUUAAUAAUGAUUCACACACUUUAGUGAAAAAUGGGUUAAAAAUAAGUAAUAUUGGUUUAUUUAAGAAAUUGUUUAACAUUUUGGAGUCGGAACAGUUUGAAAUUAAUAGGCACAAUGUAAUACCCUUGAUUGAGUCAUAUGUGAGAUUAUGUGUAGGAUAUUCACAAGAUUCUGAAACAUUUUGUGAUAUAUAUAAAAGGGCAGUAAAUUUAAUAGUUUCAGGUAAAAUAAAGGUUGCCCAGAAUGAUUUUGAUAAAUUAUUGUUAGUAUUUGAUCGUAUGGCAUUGUUUGAUAGGGAUUUUACAGAGUUUUAUAGUAGAGUUUUGUGUAAAUAUUUCGAUAAUUUCACUCAGGACCAGUUUGGAAAUUUUUGCCGUUACUUAUCCAAACGACCAUAUAUACAAAAGAAACCAAUUAUGACACAUAUUAGCACAAUAACUAGUAGUAAUAAAUCCGUAAAUAAUUUUAAUAACUAUGUAAACAGUUGUAAUGAUGGUGAGUUUAAAUGUGUAAAGAAAUUGCCUUAUAGUUAUGUGAGUAGAUUACUAAAUAGAAGAAGUUAUGACUAUAAAGUUAAAGUUGAUUACUCUACAAGUAUAACCGAGGAUAGGGAGAGAGAGGUUUUGAAGGGUUGGAACAUUAGAAAUAGUAAAUUUAUUAAAUUUUUGGACAAGAAAUUGCCAUAUUGUUUGCAUCAAUUCACAUACUAUAACUUAAUUGAUGUAGCAGAGAUGUAUUACAUAUACGGAAUCAAGUCAGAAAUAUUACCGAGAUUCUCUUCAGAAAUAUGGAAAUACUUAUAUACUCUCAAAUAUGGUUAUACAAUCAAAACCCUCAUAGUAUUGGGGAAUUUGGGGUUGGGUGAUGGGUUAACAUAUGGAAGAUUAAUUAGGAAUAUACCAUCUACUUUAGCAUUUAAUUGGCCUCCAGAACUUAUAGCAGAAGCACUUAUUACAUGUGGUUCUCUAAACAUACAAAACGUAUCUUUGUAUAAUAAACUGUCUCAAUAUUUGGAGAAGAGAGUGAUGUACUUUAGGGAUCCAAAGUUGAUAUGUAGAAUGUUUGAAGCAUUAAGUAUAGCAAAAGUACCUCAAUAUGGACUGUAUUAUCAACUAUUGACACUAUUAGAAUCUUUCCCAAAUUGGCUUCAUCUUAAACAUAUUUUACAAAUAUCCAAAAGUAGUAUGGUGCUGGGCAUGUUUGAGAGGAGGUUAUUUCGAAUAUUAAUUUCAAAGUUGGAUGAGGUAAAGGAAUGCUCAGUGUCAGAAAUUGUACCAAUAAUGGUUUUAUCAAAGGGAAUUUCAAUGGAUAUAGAGGAUUCAAAACAGUUCUAUAAAUUUAUAUUACAAUAUAUUAUCGGUAUUAGCGGUAGUUCUGAGUUGGAAUUGGAUGAAUUGAUGGAUUUGUUAAGUGGCUUAAUAACAAUACAAGUUAAAACUAAAGAAGUAGAACAAGUUAUACUCAACACAAUAAAAAAUACAGUUGGGCAGAGUAAUAUUUUUGAGAACAAUCAUUUAUUGAGGUUGAUUGAGUAUAUGAGCAUACUUGGGAGGGUUGAGAAUAAGGAAUUGCUAUCAGUGAUAUGCAAACGAGUGAGUGAAGAUAUACAAAAGUUUAAUGAAUUGGAAGUUUCAACUUUAAUUUGGGAUUUAAUAGCGAUUGGAUUAGAAUUAAAUAAUGAAACUCUGUUAAAAGUAGUUAAAAGAUUUAAUCAACUUAGACCACUCAAUCACAGCACACAUCUUUUAACAGUUGUGAGUAUGUUGGUACGAAUGAGUGAUAUGAAUGAUAAGGUAUGGAAGGACUUUUUGAAGAUAGUUGAGGGAUAUAAAGACUUUUCGUGGUCAAAAAGUCAAGAAAAUGUCGGUAUUAUUAAAUCUGUGGCAAAUACAAUUAAAGACUCGGAAACUUUUGUAAAACAGUUUCCUUACACAAUUGAUAUCGCAGCUCUUUACUCGAAUAUAGACUCCAGUAACAUACCAAUAGGCAUUAAAUCCUUAACUAAUCCUGAAAAUAAUGAAAAAGAUGAUAAUUUGUAUAAUAAUAAAAAUGAUUGUGUUAAAAAUGACACGGCGUUGUUUUAUUAUAAUUCUGAUGAGAAUCCGUUUAUAUUACAUUUAAACCCAGACGGCACACAUGAACAUUAUUUCAACUUCUACUGUCAAACAAGGAAAAAAAUACUGCAAAAUUUGGGAUGGAAGGAUACACUCAUAUUCACACCCAAUAAAUAAUAUAAUAAAA